AUGUCGUCCCAAACUUCUAAUUUGCCAACUGCAAUUGUGUGUGUUGGCAUGGCUGGUUCCGGCAAAACUACUUUCAUGCAGAGAAUAAAUUCGCACCUUCACGCAAAAAAUGAUCCUCCUUAUGUGAUUAACCUAGAUCCUGCCGUAACAAAUGUGCCAUUCGAUAGCAAUAUUGACAUCAGAGAUUCGGUCAACUACAAAGAAGUCAUGAAAUCAUAUAACCUCGGCCCUAAUGGUGGCAUUCUGACGUCUCUAAACCUAUUUGCGACCAAAAUUGACCAGAUCAUUGCCUUACUUGAGAAGCGGAUGCAUCCUGAUCCAGCAAAACCCGAAUCAAUCCCCAUAAAAAAUAUACUAGUAGAUACACCGGGUCAGAUUGAAGUUUUUGUUUGGAGCGCGUCGGGAAGCAUUUUGCUUGAAUCGCUAGCAUCCUCAUUUCCCACUGUUAUCGCAUACAUAAUCGACACCCCGCGGACGGCAUCUACUAGUACAUUUAUGAGUAAUAUGCUAUAUGCCUGCAGUAUCUUGUACAAACUCAAGCUCCCCAUGAUUUUAGUCUUCAAUAAGACUGAUGUUAAGGAUGCAGAGUUUGCCAAGGAAUGGAUGACGGAUUUUGAAGCUUUUCAGGCUGCUUUGAGAGAGGAGUCGGGCGACUCGGAAGGGAUGGGACAUGAAUCUUCCGAAGGAAGCGGAUACAUGGGCUCCUUGCUCAAUAGUAUGAGCUUGAUGCUCGAGGAAUUCUAUUGUCAUUUGAGCGUGGUGGGAGUAAGCUCUAUGACUGGCCAAGGCAUCGAUGAGUUUUUCGAGGCAGUUGCAAAAAAGACUGAAGAGUACAAUAACGAUUAUAAACCGGAACUAGAACGAAGGAUAAAGGAGAGAGAAAAUGAAAAAUUGGCCCAAAGAGAUAAAGAAUUGGAAAAUUUGAUGAAAGACAUGAAUAUCCCGACUGAUUCAAAGAAUUUGGCUUCAAAUGUUGAUUUGGAUACCCUUAGUGAUCUUGAAGAUUCAGAUGCUUCGGAAGAAGCAGAUGAUAUGACUGAUAGGCUCGAUGAAAAAUAUAGUGAAGCGUUAAAGGGUUCAGGUGAUUUGAGCGCGAGUGGAAACCUUAGCUCAACUGUAAAUUACCUCCAAAAUAGUCAAAUGAAUAGAUAA